GGCCUACCCCCGCUACUUGAGUGUUUUCCCCGCGGCAACCCUCAAAGUCACGGCCACAGGUGGUAAGGUCACAAGGUGCUUCGAAGAGAACGAUGUACGAAUGCAGAAGCUCGCAAAGUCAGAGCAAACUGCGGUUUACGGAAUGGAGGCAGAGAGAGAGAGACUUGAAAUGGCAGAGUUUCGGAUCGCUGAUGUGCAAGCACCGGAAACGAUCGCAGACGACCUGGUGAAUCUGCCGUCUGGGCAGUCGGGGACAGCGAAUGGAAGUGCCUUGGAGUUUCUUGAUACUGGAAUGUUUGCAGACGAUAUGCCCUUGUCCAAUUCUCGGAAUCCUCUCGGACGAGCGGUCAAGGCCCUGGGAAAAGCAAGAGAGAGAGCGGAGAACUGCCGAGACACGUCCGCUCACAGCAAUGGCCUUGGGCUUUCCGCGAAUCCUUUCUUGCUGUCUCCUACUCUCAGCGGUCAGAUGCUGGACGCCGGCUCCAUUGCUGCAGGGAAGGCUAGCAGCCCCUUAUUAUCCUCUUUGACAUCAGCUCAGCAGUCAUUGCCACCAGCGCAGCAGCAGCAGCAGCAGCAGCCGCGGCGGCAGCAUAUGUACGAGAGUGGAUCAGAGUCGAGGAGUAGCUGGUACUGCGGAUUGGGAAGCCAAAGUCUAUUCCCAUCCGCAAGUACAAACCCAAUAUCAGGGGUGUCGGAACAUGAUCUCACAUGCGCAAUAUGCCUAGAGUACUUUACGGAGCCCAUGGAGCUUGAUUGCAGCCACACUUUUUGUGAGAUGUGCAUCUCUCAGGUAAUGCGAGCAAACAAGGAAUGCCCCAUAUGCCGCAGGCAGGUUGGUCCACAUAUUCUCAAGUACCUUGAGAUGAAAGACACGAAAGCUUCUCUGCAGAGUUUGCGCACAGGUGUGCAGAGCUGCAGCACAACAGAGGUAAGGAUGAAGGAGAGUGUAAGACGGUCGAGGUCCCGGGACGUUCGCCAGCGGAUUAUGGGUGAUCAGACGACCACUUCUCUUGUGCCGGCGGGCAGCAAUUUCGUCAUUGACUGCGUGUGUAUCCCGCUCGACGGAGAUGUUUCCAGCAGCCAGCGGCAGAAGGGAUGGAGGGAGGGAGGAGGGGGAGGUGUUUGCUGCCACAUGUCACGGGCAGGUGGUUUGCCCAUCUGCCCAGGUCGAUCGCCGUCUUUAUCAUCAUUGUAACUUUAAUAAAGUAAAUAAAUUUUAAUAAAUUUAAUAAAGUCAG